AUGGAUGGUAAUAAUGAGAUCACCAUUAAUCUGCUUCUACUGGGAAAGACGAAAUGUGGUAAGAGUUCUCUCGGAAACAGCCUGCUGGGAAGUUAUGAAUUUGAGAGCAAGUUUUUCCCACACUCCGUGACCAAAGACUGUCGACUGUGCAGAACGCGAAUGCCCAAUUUUGCUCGUCGAAUGGGGAGGGAGCUGGGCCUACAACUGCAGGUGCUAGACACACCUGGUAUCCCUCAUAGCAGCCUGAGCCAGGACGAGGUGAAGAGGAGAGUGAGAAAAGCCCUCUCGCAGUACUUUUCGCAAGGGUUACAUAUGGCCCUACUUGUCCUAAGGGCAGACAUUCCACACUGCGAAGAAGAUAACCAGCACACUGUCAAAUUAGCCGAGGAUCUACUGGGCCCAGAAUGGAAAUAUUUCACGGCAGUGGUUUUUACUCAUGGAGAUGUUUUACAAGAGGCAAGAAUGACAGAAGAUGAAUUCCUCAGAUCUGCUCCUCCCAAUCUGUCAACCCUCCUGGAGUAUGUACAUGGCCGAUGCUUUUUUAGAGACCCCACUGACAAAACUCUGCAUGAGGAGCGAGCAGUGCUAGCCAAUCAGAUCUUACACUUCGUGAGACAAAACAGCUACCAAACUGUGCCAUUUAACAAGCAUUGAC